AUGAACAGCGCAAAAAGAUUAAAGGUUGCGCAAGAUGCGCCUGCAAAGAAGAAGAAGCUUGCCGUUCGAGAGAAGCCCGCCAAGCCUGAUCCUGAGUCCUCUAGCGAGGAAGAAUCUGAGGAAGAGUCUGCCACUCUAGAGGAGCCCUCAGCUGAAGAGACGGCUGUUGAUGCUCCCAAGAAGACUUUCAAGGACCUGGGUAUCGUCGACGCUCUCUGCGAAGCUUGCGAGUCUCUCAACUACACACACCCCACACCCAUCCAAGAAAAGUCCAUCCCCGUCGCUCUCGAAGGCCGCGACAUCAUUGGUCUCGCCGAGACAGGUAGUGGAAAGACAGCUGCCUUUGCUCUCCCCGUUCUUCAGGCUCUUCUCGACAAGCCCCAGCCUCUAUUUGGCCUCGUCCUCGCCCCGACUCGUGAAUUGGCAACCCAGAUCGGCCAAGCCUUCGAAGCUCUUGGAUCGCUUAUUUCGCUACGAUGUGCCGUUAUCGUGGGAGGUCUUGAUAUGGUCCCCCAGUCUAUUGCCCUGGGAAAGAAGCCCCAUAUCAUUGUGGCGACACCUGGCCGUCUCGUUGACCAUCUUGAGAAGACCAAGGGCUUCUCGCUGCGUACGCUCAAGUACCUGAUCAUGGACGAGGCCGAUCGACUUCUCGACAUGGACUUCGGACCCAGUAUCGACAAGAUCCUCAAGUUCAUUCCCCGCGAACGCCGUACAUACCUUUUCUCCGCUACCAUCAGCUCCAAGAUUGAGAGCUUGCAGCGUGCCAGUUUGAGGGAUCCCGUCCGUGUGAGCAUCAGCUCCAACAAGUACCAGACUGUAUCAACUCUGCUUCAGCACUACGUCUUCAUUCCCCAUCCUCAGAAGGACGUUUAUCUCAUCUACAUGGUUAACGAGCACGCCGGCCAGUCCAUGAUCAUCUUCACACGAACAGUCUGGGAGACCCAGCGCAUUUCUAUCCUGCUACGGACCCUUGGGUUUGGCGCAAUCCCUCUUCAUGGUCAGCUCUCUCAGACUUCCCGUCUAGGUGCUCUCAACAAGUUCCGUGCCGGCUCACGAGAUAUCCUGGUUGCUACCGAUGUCGCCGCCCGUGGUCUGGAUAUCCCCUCGGUUGACGUUGUCCUCAACUACGACCUUCCCCAGGACUCCAAGACCUACAUCCAUCGAGUCGGACGUACCGCUCGUGCUGGUAAGUCUGGCGUUGCCAUCAGUCUGGUGACCCAGUACGACGUCGAGAUCUACCUGCGCAUCGAAGCCGCUCUCGGCAAGAAGCUCCAGGAAUACCCAACAGAGAAGGAAGAGGUGUUCACAUUCCAGUCUCGAGUCGAAGAAGCGCAACGACAUGCUAGAAUCGAGAUGAAGUCGUUCACCGAGGAGAGAGGCAAGAAGGGCAGCACAUUGAAGGGUGGACGCGGCAAGAAGGGUGGCAAGCGAGGAAGAGAUGACAUGGAUAGGGAGGAGGGCUAA